AUGUCUCCAGACCUAAAGCCUAUUGAGCAUCUGUGGGACGUCCUCAAACAGAAGGCGGAGGAGCCCAAGACUCAAAUCUGGACAUUUUCACACACUGACUGUCUCUCUGCUCACCCGUCUGUGUCUCAGGUGUACUGCGUGCCUAUUGGUGGGAUGUUGGUGAGGCAGCCGGUGUCGGUGGGCGGCAGCGGCAGCACCUACAUCUACGGCUUCAUGGACUCCAACUACAAACCGGGACUGAGCAAAGACCAGUGUCUGGAGCUCACUGCUGCAGCUCUGUCUCUGGCGAUGGAGAGAGACGGCUCCAGCGGUGGCGUGGUCAGACUGGCGAGCAUCUCAGAGGAGGGAGUGGAGAGACGAGUCAUACUGGGAAACCAGCUGCCCAAAUACUCCACACACUAAACACGUUAAUGUCCAUUUUGUUGUGAUAAUAAAGGUUUCAGUCUGUC